CGUUCAUUCUUUCGUCGUCCUCUUUCACUCGAGAGUGCGAGCAAAGGGACGACAGAGAAAAGCAGCCAUGGACAGGGAAUGGGGCUCGAAGCCCGGAAGCGGAGGCGCCGCCUCCUCCCAGAACGAGGCCAUCGACCGGCGAGAGCGUCUCCGGCGACUCGCACUCGAGACCAUCGAUCUCGCCAAAGAUCCCUAUUUCAUGCGCAACCACCUCGGCAGCUAUGAGUGUAAGCUGUGUCUGACUUUGCACAACAAUGAAGGGAACUACUUGGCUCACACACAAGGGAAGCGUCACCAGACCAAUUUGGCGAAGAGAGCUGCUCGCGAGGCCAAGGAAGCUCCCGCGCUCCCCCAGCCUAACAAGCGCAAAGUUAACAUUCGCAAGACAGCUAGUGUGGAAUGGUUACUACUGGGAGCAGGAUUCAGUUGAUUAGCUUUGAUUAGAGUGCAGCAGAAAGGAUGGAUAUUGGCGACCUGGUUUCUGUAGUGGGCAGAAGAAUGUUGACAGAUUCAUGUUAUUGGUGCCCUUUUGCAGUGAAAAUCGGCAGACCUGGGUACCGUGUGACCAAGCAGUAUGAUCCUGAGACUAAGCAGAGAUCUCUUCUUUUUCAGAUUGAGUAUCCUGAAAUUGAAGACAACACAAAGCCAAGGCACAGGUUUAUGUCAUCAUAUGAGCAGAAAGUCCAAUCCUAUGACAAGAGCUACCAGUAUCUUCUGUUCGCAGCAGAACCAUAUGAGAUCGUUGCAUUCAAGGUCCCCAGCACAGAGAUAGACAAGUCAACUCCCAAGUUCUUCUCGCAUUGGGAUCCCGACUCCAAGAUGUUCACUUUACAGUUAUACUUUAAGACGAAGCCACCGGAGACCAACAAACCUCCAGCUGCAGGGGCGCCAACAGCCAAUGGCACUUCGGCACCUGGUGUCCCUCCAAGGACUCUCCCACCGCCACCACCGCAGGGUCUACCACCUCCCCCACCUCCUGCCGAUGGAGCAAGACCGCCUCCACCACCGCCCCUUAUGGGGAACGGUCCUAGACCCAUGCCUCCAGGGGAAGCUCCGCCAGCUCCUCCUCCACCACCAGGCGGCAGUGGUAUGCCAAACUUCAGUCAUGUUUCUCAGAUGGGCAGACCUCCGAUGCCUCAGGGUUUCCCAGGGCAAGGUGCCCAUCCACCUCCUCCACCUCCACCCAAUAUGGGUUAACUUUGUAUCAUAGGAUAACAAAGCAUUUGUACUGCUUAGCUUAAGCGAAGUGUCAGAGUUUUGUUCUGCUUUGGUUCUUUUCAGAACAAACCCCAUGUUUUGGUUGCUGGUAAAUUCAUGGUUAAACAAUUUACCUCAAAGCUGUUAAGUCAAUCAUGUCUGAAUGUUGCGAUUUGCGGUUUAAACUUUUUACCUAGAGGCUGUUGUAUCUAUGCCAUUGAUCAUUGUCAAUGAUCACCUCUAUUUCUAACAGCAGGAGUGAGGUGUUGGAUAAAAUUAUGCAUAUAUAUAUAGGGCUCGAUCAGUCAUUUUGUACAAAGCUCGGAAUGUACAAGUCUAAACAAUUGUGACUCAUUGUACGAUUAUGAUUCGUAGUGGUCGCUAAUGAGCCAAUCAGUUCGACCCAAAAACAAAAUUCUGGGAAAGAAAGGAAGGAAGAUGGAGGGAAUGGAAUGGCUUCUUAGAGGGCGACAGCAUUUGGAGGAAAUGCCUUUUGUAUGAACUCCAGGAAGCGCCUGGAGUA